ACUUGGUUUAGUGCUAUCCUAGUCUUUUUCUCUUUAUUAUUUACAAAACUGAUUUAUAGUGGCCAAAUUGUAAAUUACAAAUAUUAAUUGGUCUUGUGUUUUGAAGUUUUUUUUUUGCUGGUUUAAAUAGAUAAAGAGGAUUAAAAGAGCAAAAGUUCACUUUUGUACUUUAUUAUGUUUGAUAUAUGAUCAAGUUCUCAUUUUAUAGAUUUUAUUGGUGUUUAAAAAAUAAGAAAUGAGAUGAGAACAAAAAUUAAAAAAAAAAGAAUGAUUAAAAGCAUAAAUAUAACUAAUUAUACAAGUCUUUAAAUUUAUAAUGCAUAUACUAAUAAGUAUUCAUAAAAUAAUUAUAUUUACAUGCACAGACGAAAUACCUAAUUUCAUAAUAUUUAAAUAUAAUAGCCAAAAAUCAUCGAAAGAAGAAAACUCUUACAAUUUUAAUAUUUAAAACUAUUAAAUGUAUUUUUUUGUGUAUUGAUAUGAAAUGUUUUUGUUUAUAUUAUUUUACCAACAAUUAUUGAUUAUUCGCUCUUUUUACGAUAAAUUAAUGUAGUUGAAGAGGAGAAAAAACAAAAAAAAACCUUUAAAUAAUACAUAGAUACAUCAACAAAAACAUAAAUAUUCGAAUUUUUUUUAAAAUAAGAUAAUAUUCUUAAAAAAAAAUUGGUAAAUAUGUCUUGUUACUUUAAAGUUCAUCUGUAAACACAGGUUCUUAUCCAAAAAAUUAUGUUUAAAUGAGAAAAUUGAUUAGAUCUUGUCUCUAAUUCUAAUGGUGCACAUUCAAUUAAAAGAUUAAAUUAUAGUAAAUCAUCAAAGACACAUCAUCCAGAUAAACUUUUUGUAUUUUUCAUUGAAGAUAUAGCUACCAACCCACCAAAACCCCUCCCAAAAAGAAGAAAAAUAAUUGAUAAUGCAAAUGUCUGGAAGAAAAGAAAAAACAGCUAGGGCAGCUUUGACCAUCCCUCCAAACUUAAAAGAAGAAACGUCGCAAAACCUAUAUCAAACAUAUUAUUAAGAAAAUCUAGAAGGAAACAAAGAUUAGACAAACAAAAUAAAGAGAUAUAUAUUAAAAAGUCUGCCAAAUUGACCAGAGAAGAUAAAUGUCAAAUGAAGGAAGAUGUUUUAGCCUUUCUAAUUUAUAUAAAAAAAUAACUUAAGGGCAUCAUAUCCUUAAAAUUUUAAUACAAACCAAUCCAUCAUCUUUUUGUGGGUCUAUAUAUAUGCACACAUGCUUGCUUGUUGCAUUUACAUAUCCUUUUAUCCUAGUUGUUUGCAUAUUAUAAAGUUUUGAAAAAUGGAGAUGAGGUUCUUAUUAUGUAGCAGCUUGACUUUGGUAUUCAUGUUGGCUUUGGGUGAAGCAGCUGGGGAAAUAAUGAGAUGGAACAGAAAAGAGAUGGUGGAGAUGGCUGGCUACGGCGAAGACAAACUCUCCUCCGUCCUUGUCACUGCAUCUCUUCUCUCUUCUUCCUCCUCACCUAUUCCUGGUAAGUAUUGUAAACAAGUAGCAAUGAGUAGAUUAGUCCAUGCAUGUCAUGGUGUUAGUCUCUUCUCACUUCUUAUACAUAUAGGUGCUACGGUUGGCAUCAAGUGCCACACUGGAUAUAGGAAGAGAUCUAAAUGGAUCAAAGCUGUCACAAAUGCGUUGGGACAAUUCACCAUUGAUCUUCCUUCUCAUCUCCAUGCAAUUCCUGACCUAGAAAAGGCUUGUUCCAUCAAACCACUCUCUGUUCCUAAACCAUAUCAAUGCUCUCCCACCAAGACUCAAAGAGGCAUAAAACUCGUUUCCUCAUCCAACGGUUUGCGAGUCUACACAGCAGGCAACAUCACCUUACACAGAGGUCCAUGUAAAUAG